CCAGUCAUGGACAGCAGUCUGGACAGGAUGGCCUCGGUGGUCCCCGGGCAAUUUGACGACGCGGAUUCCUCAGACAGUGAAAACAAAGAAGUGCAGUCAGUCCAUGCAGAAGAUUGCAUUCUACUUAAAAACCUUCAAAAUGAUGCAACAGAGGUGAAGGGUGAAGAUGAGAUUGAUGAGGAAGACAACUAUGAUUAUGACACUGAUUGGUAUUUGGAUGAUGCAACUGGAAAACUUAUCAAGGGUUUUACCUGGAAUGGCGGCAGUAACUAUCAGGCGAAUCGACAGACUUCUAAUUACAAUUCAGCCAAAAUGUCUACUCCAAUUGACAAGUCCUUGCGAAAAUUUGAAAAUAAAAUCAAUUUAAAUAAGCUGAAUGUUACUGAUUCUGUGACAAAUAAAGUCACCGUAAAAUUGAGACAAAAAGAAGCAGAGUCGUAUCGCAUUAAAGAUAAGGCCGACAGAGCAACCGUAGAACAGGUCUUGGAUCCCAGAACAAGGAUGAUUUUAUUCAAGUUGUUGCAUAGAGACCACAUAUCAGAGAUACAUGGCUGCAUUAGCACUGGCAAAGAAGCUAAUGUAUACUAUGCUAGCACACCCAGUGGAGAGAGCAGAGCAAUCAAAAUAUACAAAACUUCUAUUUUGAUGUUCAAAGAUCGUGAUAAGUAUGUGACUGGUGAAUUCAGGUUCCGUCGUGGCUAUUGUAAAGGAAACCCUAGAAAAAUGGUGAAGACGUGGGCAGAGAAGGAGAUGAGGAAUUUGCACAGGUACAUGAGGAAAAUGUAUCAGGACGCUAGACUUGUCCAUGCGGAUCUCAGUGAAUUCAACAUGCUGUACCAUGGUGGAGAUGUAUACAUCAUUGAUGUUUCUCAGUCUGUGGAGCAUGACCACCCACAUGCAUUGGAGUUCUUGAGAAAAGACUGUGCCAAUGUCAAUGACUUCUUUUUCAAGCAUGCCGUUGCAGUGAUGACUGUGCGGGAGCUCUUCGAGUUCGUCACAGAUCCCUCCAUCACUGCUGACAACAUGGACGCUUAUCUGGAAAAGGCUAUGGAAAUAGCAUCCCAAAGGACCAAGGAAGAAAAGACUAGCCAAGAUCAUGUGGAUGAAGAGGUGUUCAAACAAGCAUAUAUUCCCAGAACCCUAAACGAAGUAAAGAAUUAUGAGAGAGAUGUGGACAUAAUGUUGAGGCUAAAGGAAGAAGACAUGGCUUUGAAUACUCAGCAAGACAAUAUUCUAUACCAGACUGUCACGGGAUUGAAAAAAGAUUUGUCAGGAGUCCAGAAGGUCCCCGCGCUCCUAGAGAGAGAAGUCAAGGAAGAGACUUGCUUUGGUUCAGACGAUGCUGGGAGCUCUGAGUGCUCUGACACAUGCUCUGAAGAGCAGGAAGAUCAAGCUGGAUGCAAAAACCAUAAUGGUGACCCUGACCUUAAUAAAAAGGAAAGAAAAAAGAUGGUUAAGGAGGCCCAGAGAGAGAAGAGAAAAAAUAAAAUCCCUAAACAUGUGAAAAAAAGGAAGGAAAAAACAGCCAAGGCCAAAAAAGGCAAAUAGAAUGGAGCCGUCCCUGAGCUGCUUUCUAACCCUGAAGGAGAAGCCGGAGAGGCUUCCUACCAUCUCACUGUCAGGGGAGCCCGAGGUGUGUCAUGUGAUGGCUUAAAAAGCCCCAGGCCCAUUAUGUUGGGAUCCAGUCCUGGCUCUGCUUUUAACGGACUUAUUAAGGUAUUAUUUUAAUGAAGAACUUUGUAUAUUUUAUUUUUAUAUUUUUAUCUUGCAAACAUUUUUAAGAAGUGUCAGAACAUAAAUGUUUAUAGUGAACAUCCACAGCCUUUAUAAAGAUGUGCAUAAAGGCACUUGGACAAACUUGGGAA